CGUGCCGCUGUGACGUAGCCGACGUGCGCGCCCGCCCGAGGCUGACGGCGGAAGUGCUGACCCGACCGAAGGGCCGGGGAGUGGGCGGCGGCGGUGACGGCUGCCCCGUUGUCGCCGCGAUGGCGACGUUCGUGACGGUGCAGUUGAAGAAGGCGGCCGAGGUGGACGUGGCGCGGCCGCUGACCAAGUUCAUCCAGCAGACGUACCCGGCGGGCGGCGAGGAGGCGACGCAGUUCGGCAAGGCCGCCGAGGAGCUGAGCCGCCUGCGCCGGGCCGCGCUCGGCCGCCCUCUGGACCGCCACGACGCGGCGCUGGACACGCUGCUGCGGUAUUAUGAUCAGAUUUGUUCCAUCGAGCCCAAAUUCCCAUUUUCUGAAAACCAGAUCUGCUUGACCUUUACCUGGAAGGAUGCGUUUGACAAAGGAUCGCUUUUUGGAGGGUCUGUAAAACUGGCGCUCGCGAGUUUAGGCUACGAAAAGACGUGUGUGCUGUUCAACUGUGCGGCCUUAGCCAGCCAGAUCGCGGCAGACCAGAAUCUGGACAACGAUGAGGGAUUGAAGGUCGCCGCUAAGCAUUAUCAGUUCGCUAGCGGCGCCUUCUUGCACAUCAAGGAGACUGUCUUGUCUGCGCUGAAUCGAGAACCUACGGCCGAUAUAGCUCCUGACACCACGGGGACCCUGAGUCUCAUCAUGCUGGCCCAAGCCCAAGAGGUGUUCUUCCUCAAGGCCACCAGAGAUAAAAUGAAAGAUGCCAUCAUAGCAAAACUGGCCAAUCAGGCUGCUGAUUACUACGGAGACGCGUUCAAGCAGUGUCAGUACAAGGACACCCUCCCCAAGGAAGUGUUCCCCGUCCUGGCGGCCAAGCACUGCGUGAUGCAGGCGCACGCGGAAUACCACCAGGCAGUGCUGGCCAAGCAGCAGAAGAGAUUUGGGGAGGAGAUCGCCAGGCUGCAGCACGCGGCAGAGCUGAUUAAAACGGUGGCGUCUCGGUACGACGAGUACAUCAGUGUGAAGGACUUCUCCGACAAGAUCGCCCGGGCCCUGACGGCCGCCAGGAAGGACAACGACUUCAUCUACCACGACCGGGUUCCAGACCUGAAAGACCUGGAGCCCAUCGGCAAAGCCACGCUGGUGAAAGCCACGCCCGUGCACGUGCCUCUCAGCCAGAAGUUCACCGACUUGUUUGAGAAGAUGGUCCCGGUGGCCGUGCAGCAGUCUCUGGCCUGCUCUAACCAGAGGAAAGCCGACUUGGUGAACAGAUUAAUCGCCCAGAUGAGGGAGUCCACCAAUCUGGCCAACGGGGUCCUGGCAUCCCUCAACCUGCCAGCGGCCAUUGAAGACAUCUCUGGGGACACCGUUCCUCAGUCUAUUUUGGGGAAGUCGGCCGCCAUUGUCGAGCAGGGAGGGAUCCACACGGUUGACCAGCUGAUCCAGGAUCUGCCCGAACUGCUGCAGAGAAACCGAGAGAUUCUCGAGGAGGCUUUAAGGUUGUUGAAUGAAGAGGAAGCGACCGAUAACGAGCUGAAGGCCAAGUUCAAGGAGCGCUGGCAGAGAACGCCGUCCAACGAGCUCUACAAGCCUCUGAGGGCAGAGGGGAACAACUUCCAGGCGGUUCUGGACAAGGCCGUGCAGGCCGACGGACAAGUCAGGGAGCGCUAUCAGUCUCACCGGGACACCAUUGCCUUGCUGUCCAAGCCCGAGCCCGAGCUGAACGCGGCCAUCCCCUCGGCCAACCCGGCCAAGACCAUGCAGGGCAGCGAGGUGGUGACCGUGCUCAAGUCCCUGCUGGCCAACCUGGACGAAGUGAAGAAGGAGCGCGAGCAUUUGGAGAACGACCUCAAGUCCAUGACCUUUGACAUGAGGGGCAAGUUCCUGUCGGCGUUGGCGCAGGAUGGCGCCAUCAACGAGGAAGCGCUCUCUGUUACGGAAUUGGACCGCGUCUACGGGGGCCUCACGAACCGGGUCCAGGAUUCCCUGAAGAAGCAGGAAGAGCUGCUGGAGAGCAUCCAGGUCUCGCACCAGGAGUUCUCCAAGAUGAAGCAGUCCAACAACGAGGCCAAUCUGCGCGAGGAGGUCCUGAAGAACCUGGCGGUCGCCUAUGACAACUUUGUGGAGCUCGUCGCCAACUUGAGGGAGGGCACCAAGUUUUACAACGAGCUGACGGAGAUCCUGCUGAAGUUCCAGAACAAGUGCAGCGACAUCGUGUUUGCCCGCAAGACCGAGAGGGACGAGCUCCUGAAGGAUUUGCAGCAGAGCAUCGCACGGGAGCCCAGUGCCCCCUCCCUUCCGGCCCCCGCCUACCAGACCUCUCCCGCGGCCGGGGGGAACGCAGCCCCUCCUACGCCGGCACCCAGGACCAUGCUGCCUUCAAAGCCCCAGCCCCCAGCCCGCCCUCCGCCUCCGGUGAUCUCAGCCAGUCGCACCGCCUCUGCUUCAGCCAUGGGGACUCCCACUCCGCCUCCGGCUCCGUCCCCGACACCAGGGCUCCCCGCAUCCGGCUCGGCCCCCGGUGCGGCCCCCGGCACGGCCCCGUCACAGGCCCAGGGACCGCCGUACCCUACCUACCCAGGAUACCCGGGGUAUUGCCAGAUGCCGAUGCCCAUGGGCUACAACCCUUACGUCUACGGCCAGUACACCCUGCCUUAUCCUCCUGCCUACCCUCAGAAUCCUGCCCCGGCGCCCUACCCGGGGCCCCAGCAGCCGCACUACCCAUUCCCUUCGGCUCCCCAGCAGCCGCACUACCCGCAGCAGUAGCGCCUCCGUGGGGCCCGGCUUUAGGUUAGGGGGUGCUCGCAAUAAGCCUUCUCUGCCUCAGCCCCCUAACACACCGGACUGUGCCCGAGGCACUCCCGCGGACCCUGCGCCACGGAGGUCACCCUGGCAGGUAGCGCGUGGGCGGAGAAGCUCGCGGCCGGAGGUGGCACCGUGCCCGUAGAGGACGGGGUGAGUGCCCACGGGUCUGCUUGGGGUUUGCCUUCUGCGUUUAGUUUUCAGUAUGCUAUUUUCUGACAGAAUCAGAGCCUUGUAAAUCUGGUAACUUAAAAAUAAAUGACUUAACUGGG